AUGCCGGAGUAUACUCGGACCGCCUGGCUGGUGCGAAAUAAUUGGCAGGCACUACACAGCUCUGUUUUUAAUAAUUUGGACACAGUUCUGCGUGAUGAUGGCAGCGAAACAGAGGAAGUGGAGUGUUUUCUCUAUGAAGAGCGCUUAAAUCGAUCGUUUUUAUCCAAAGGCUCAGUAAUUGGCCUAGGAUUCGGAUUAAUGAGUCCGGUGCUUGGCAUGAGCAGUACUAUGAGCAUAGGGCUAUUGAACGGUGGACCUUUGACCAUAAUGGGUGGUUUUUUGAUCUGCGGUAUAGCGACGUGGUUCUGCUCACUGUCACUGGGGGAAAUCAUUUCCAAAUACCCGAUAGAGAUCCAUGGGGGAUCUGCAAUGCUAGCACCAGCACGAUUGAAGCUUAUAUGUUCCUGGUACACGGGCUGGCUAAUGCUUUUAGGCAACUGGGCCAUGAGUACUAGUAUCACAUUUGCCGGCGCCCAGCUUCUGGUCUCGUUGAUCGCAUUAACGAACGAAAACUUGAUUAAGACCGAAAAUGUUGUUCUUCAUACCGUGUUGGCAUUUUAUGUCAUUGUGACUCUCGUGGGAGUCGUCAAUUUGAAGCUAGCGCGAUUUAUCGAGACAAUUAAUAAGGUUUGCGUUUAUUGGAUCAUCUACGCGAUCAUAUUUAUCGACAUUUUACUCUUACUUUUCCAUUCUGGCAAUUAUCGGUCCUUGAAAUUCGCGCUGAUGCAUUUUGACAAUCGGUUUUCAGGGCAUCAAAGCGUUGUGCUAUCGUUUCUCAUCGGUUUCCAGCAGUCGAGUUUCACGUUGCAAGGAUUUAGUAUGCUGACAGCUGUUUCUGACGAAGUUCAGAGACCGGAAAGAGAUAUACCGCAUGGGAUGUCUACUGCCGUUCUAAUAUCAUGGUUGGCAGGCAUAGUAUUCCUUCUGCCGAUCAUGCUCAUAUUACCCGAUCCGCAAACCAUUUUAGACAAUCCCAAGAUUGCUCCUGUGGUACUCAUCUUCACGCAAUCCACACAUUCGAUGUUCGUCUCUUUUUUCCUAGUGUUGAUGAUUCUAGGAAAUCUUCUCUUCUCAGGUAUAGGAUCAAUUACCACGUCCUCAAGAGCUGUAUACAGCAUGGCACGAGACUCUGCGAUGCCUUACAGCGAGAUCUGGACCUAUAUCGAUGAAUCUUCUGCAUCUAAAGUACCCAAAUUUGCAGUGCUUUUAAGUAUGGCAGUUUCAUAUAUUUUGGGCCUACUUGCAUUAAUCUCCACUGCCGCAUUCAAUGCUUUUAUUGGGGCUGCUAUUAUAUGCUUAUGUUCAGCUACAUGUAUUCCUUUCAUUUUAGUGAUGGUAUCAAAACGCCAAGCGUUACAGGGCGCACCAAUAAAAGUUAAAAGGGGACUAGGAUGGGUUUUGAACAUCGCAAAUACAUUAUGGCUACUUUUGACAAUCGUAGUCAUAUGCGUGCCUGUCAAAAUGCCAGUAAGUUUCUCUACCAUGAACUAUGCGAGUCUGGUUUAUGCAUUCUUUCUAGUUUGCAUUACAGCACUGUAUUACAUGUGGGGCAAACUGCAUUUCAAGACCCCACUUGUCAAAGAACACAUUCCUUUACAAUCGCCUGCUCAGCAGGACAAAUCAAAGACAACGUCAUUGGCUGAAUCCCUUCAAUGA